AUGAAGGGGGGUUCAGUAUCGUCUAUUUCGGAUAUCUGCCCUGAGGAGCUGGACAAGCUGAGUAAGGUUUUGGAGCUGGUGGAUGGAGCGGGAAAGUCGAAGGUGGGGACGAGUGCUUUUUUGCCGCUGCUGUCAAGCUCGUCUGGGGGCCAAGGGCAGCGAGGUGGUGGAGGAGGGGGAGAAAGAGCACCACUGCUCCCUCUCUUCGUCACAUGCGACCCAGCGCGCGAUACCCCUGCAGUCUUGAAGGCAUACUUGGCCGAGUUUCAUCCUGGCAUUGUGGGAUUGACGGGGACGUGGGAGCAGAUACGGGAUGUCUGUAAGAAAUACAGGGUGUAUUUCUCAACGCCGGAAGGGGUCAAGCCGGGGGAAGAUUAUCUGGUUGAUCAUAGCAUUUACUUCUACGUAAUGGAUCCGGAGGGGGCUUUUGUGGAGGCGAUUGGCCGGCAGCAUAGUCCAGAGAGGGCGGCGCAGAUCAUCUUAGAGCAUAUGAGUGAUUGGGAUGGGGGACGCAAGAAGGGAUAG